AUGGCAUUGCCCACUCUAGCAGCUGUUCCAGACUGCGCAAACUUCACUUUGAGCGUUCAGCCUUUUAUUUCUCAGCUGGCAUCCCUGCCUCCCGCGAUACUCGACGCAGGACGCGACUUCCAAGCCCUCAAGCACGUUUACACCAGCACAAACCCUUUAGUCGUCGCUAUCUCGUUCUCGCUCUUCCUUGUUCCAUUGUUACUGGUUGUGUCGGAAAUUAAUAAGAAUUAUUCUCAAGUUGACCGCUUGUGGAGCAUCCUUCCCCCUAUCUAUAAUGGGCAUUACGUUCUUUGGUCUCAUCUGAAUGGCGUCUCGACGGACCGAACCUGGACUGCAUUUGUCUGCACUUUUAUUUGGGGCGAUUAUCGGUGGAAUAUCGUUCGUGACAGGAUCAACAAUCGCUUCAUCUUCUUUUUGUUGAACGUCUUUUUCAUCUGCUUGGCGCAGUCUCUCCUCUUGGUUUUGGUCACCACUCCCACUUACAUCUUCGUCUUGCUGAAUACGGUCCGCUCCGCCCCAGCGUUCGGAUUGCCUGAUCUCGCAUUCUCCCGCGCCAUGAUCUUUUUUAUUAUCAUUGAAUACUUCGCCGACCAACAACAGUGGGACUUCCAAAACGCCAAAAAGUCGUAUCAGGAAACCGCGCGCGUGCCUCAAGAGUGCAAAGACAAAUUCUCCGCAGACGACCUCAAUCGUGGAUUCGUUAUCAGUGGUCUUUGGUCCUGGUGCCGCCACCCCAAUUUCGCUGCAGAACAAGCUGUCUGGCUGACGUUGUAUGCUUGGUCUUGCUAUUCCACUCAGACAUAUGUUAACUGGAGUGGCAUUGGUGCUUUGGGGUAUGUUUUACUCUUUCAAGCAAGCACCGUUCUCACCGAGCGAAUCACCGCGAAGAAAUACCCCGAGUAUGAUGAUUAUCAGUACUUAGUGGGCAAAUUCAUUCCUAUUCCGUGGCUAGGCUCCGGACACAAGGCCAUGUCUAAAAAGAAGAGAAGUCAAAAGGAAGCGCAUGAGAAGAAAAUAGAAUAA